AUUUAAGCCUUUAGAUUUCAUUCAUUUAUUCAUCUGAUAGCCCCCACAAAACACGUAAAAGUUAACAUCAACAACCCAAAAAUGGCAGUCAUUUGUAAUUUUAUUUUUUAAUUAUUUCAAUACUAAAUCAGACGAAGCACACACGCAGAUUCUCUCUUUCUCUCUCUCUCUUCCUCAAAUCUAAUCCUCCUUUUCCAGGGUUUUUCUUCUUUCAUCCUUUGUUUCUUGCUUUCACAUUAUCCAAGAUUGCAGUUUCUGAAUGUUUCUAUUUUCAUAAAUUUUUGUUUUUGGUUUUCCGUAUUAGGUAGUUGUAAUGUCGCGUCCUUUUCCCUUGUUUUCAAGAAGCUUUUUCUGGACGUAUAUUCAUCAGACUUUCAAGAAUUUCUGAGCCUGUGAUUCAGCGGCAUGCUUGCGCAAUGUUUUGGUUGUUGCAUCGGUCACACCAUGCGUUGACUUUUCGGGGCUUGUGAAAGAUAUGCAUUGAUUUAUCCUGGCGAUUCAGUACACAAGAUCGCGAAUUUGUAUUCUGGGUUGCCAAAUUUUUCUGUUUUGGCAACUGGGUUCUGUCAGGAUGUUCGGAAUCUCUGAAGAUCCAAUCUUUUCUCGUGGAAUGAACAGUGAUCUCUUGUGAAAAUUUUGAUAGUUAUAGCAUUUCUUGAUGGACACGACUCGCAACAGUUUAGAAAGUGAUGUAAAUUCGGAGGAUUUGGAGGGAGUGGAGUCUCCGGAGGUUGUAAGGAAUGGGGAGAGUGAUGGGGAUGAUGAAUCACAGGCAUUGUUGAGUUCCCAGGACAGUAAGGUGUCAAAACUGCCUGAAAAGCCUAGGAGGAAAGUUCAGUGGUUGGAUAGGAACGGGGACAAGCUUGCACAAAUCUUGGAGUUUCAACCAAGUGAUGUGAGCUCAGAUGAGGAAGAUUCAGAUCCGUGCUUCUGUAGAAUAAUGUAGACGACAUGUUAUUAGAGUAUCUCCCAGUAACUUUCUGGUGGGCUACUGAGAGGUUGUUCUCCCACUAGAGCUCAAGAGUUUGCAGGAUUUGGUGUGUCGUGGACCAGAAAACCCGUUGGCUUCAACUUCAGGUUAUUAAGUUCCACAGUAAUUAAAGAAAGAUGCUAACUCGAAGUCGAUUUAAGUGGAAAAUCUUGUCGACUUCUAAAAAGCUGAUCAAGAUGAUCCAGAUCUGUACUUCAGAUGCUGUGCAUGCAAUGUGUGGAUGAUUGUUGUGUACUUAUAUAUAGAAUCAUAGUAUGAAUUUUUCCCUUCAAGAAGCAGAUGAAGAUGCUGGAGGGAUGAUUGUUUCUGAUUGCCGUGUGAUGUCUAUUCUCUUAACUUUUCCCCACGUCUGCAACAUAAGUAACUUAAACUGAUUGUAUCUUUGAACACAUAAUUUUGAGAUUUCUCACAAAUAUCAAGUCCUGCGCAGAAUACUAAUUUCUUUUCA